CAGGAGGACUCCUCCAACAUUGGCCACACACGUGUUCUCCCAUCAGAUUUUCCGAAGACCACUGCAACUGCAACUACUCACCAAUCUACUAUUGACUAUGAGGAGGAGGACGACUAUGAGAGUAUGGAUGAAGCCUUGCCGUGUCUCAACAGCUACUUUACAGACGAGCCACCGCAUAUCAGACCGUUCAUCUUCCAGCCUCGCUAC